GAAUUAUAAACUCGUUUUCAUCAUUGCUCGCAGUAGGGACCGAGAGAAUUCAACUUCGUCUUAGUCUUGUCGAAUUUUCUUCCCCGCUGUCUCGCAAUCUCCGCCGUCGGAUUCGGUGGUUUUGCCGGAAGCACGGGCCUGAUCUUCCUCCUUCAUCCGAAGACUCUCUCCCCUUUGCCUGGUGGGUGGCUGAGAGAGAAAGACUAAACAAAGCAAAGAUGGAAUUGGCAACCUCAGAGUUGUCAUAUCCAGGGUCAGGGAAUUGGGAGAUCCCAAUUGAUCUGUUUGGUUCCAAAAAACAUGCCGGAGUCUCACGUGGCGUUCUAGCGUUCACAGAUGAGUCUGGUAACAUAGUCUUCAGGGUGAACCGCCACCCACCCAAUCCUAACUCAUUGCCCCUUCCCAAGGACAAGAAACUCUUGCUCGAUGCCUCAGGCAAUACCCUCUUCUCCAUCUACCGCUAUCAUAAUGGGUCUUGGAAAUGCUAUAAGGGAAAUAGUGAGGAGAACAAGGAACUGGUGUUUAGUGUGCAGAGGACCCUCAAAACAAUUACUAGAGUUGAGUUAGAGGUACUUUUCGAGGCUGAGAGGUCCAAUGAUGAAUGUUGUGAUUUGAAAGUGAAGGGUUCCCCUUUCAAGAGAUCAUGUUGCAUAUAUAAACAUGUUGAUUUGGUGGCACAGAGUAGCCUGAUGUACAAGCUCCACCAAAUACAUGUCAGUAGGGGUAAAUUUCGCCUCACAAUCUUUCCUGGGACUAUUGACCAUGCUCUUAUUGUGGCUUUGUUUGUGAUAUUUUUGAGUGGAAGAAAAUAGUAUCAUUAACCCACGGCAUGCAACUGCAAGAAGAGAAAAAGAUUUUGAUCUAUGAUCUUUCUGUCUCACUCAUACACAGAUUUAUUUUGCUCGUAACAUUCUUUCACUGACUAUUAGGGGGAGGAAAUGAGGCAUUGCUCCUUACAAGCAAUUCAUUGUUAUGGCACUAAGCAACUCAUGAAACAUUUGUCAUUAUACUUAUUUCAGCAAUCUUCAUUCUCACCAUUCAUGUGGCAUAUAGCCAUUAUGUAUUCAACUUCUCCAGCAAGGUGCUUUGAUGUAUUCAAACAUAGAUAUAGAUUUUGAGGUAGCAAUCAAGAUUUAGAAUAAAGAUCCAAAGGUAGAGAACUAAAGGUUCGUCAAACAGAAUAUCUGUGCUGAAAUUAGCUUCAGCGAUUAAUUUGUUUGGUGUGAUGCUAGACAGAAUUUAGUUAAUUAAAAUUUCCGGGGAGCUUUGCCCAGACCAUUCAGAAAAAAAUUCUUGUUGUUUUGUUGAA